GAUAAAAGGCAGAUAUCAUUGCCAAUCGUCCUCUUAUCUCAAUUAUUGCUACGCCUGUUCCUGAAGCUAUCCUUUCAAUGGAGUCAGCUCCUCACAAUAAACCAACCUCUCACCAGGAGAAGCACUCCAAAAAAUCUUCCUCUGAGCUCCUCUCUAGUGCUAAGUUGGUGGCGGAGGCAGCGAAGAACUCACUGCACCAUGAAAGCGAUAAGGUUGACAAGGGAAAGGUUGCUGGUGCUGCCGCUGAUCUGUUAGGUGCUGCCUCGCACUAUGGCAAGCUGGAUCAGGAGAAGGGCAUUGGUAAGUAUGUUGACAAGGCUGAGAAUUACCUGCACCAGUACCACUCGUCCCAUUCAACCCCCAACACCACUCAUUCUGGCCACUCGACCAAACCUGAGAAACAAUCCGAGCCGCAUGCCAGCGGUGGUCAUGGUCAAGGCCACGAUGAAUCUGGAAGUGGCGGCUAUGGGGAUUACUUGAAGAUGGCUCAAGGUUUCUUGAAGAAACACUGAUCAACCCUGUAGUUAAGCGAGCUGUAAUGAUUGGUUUUCCUUUCUUUUUUUUCCCUUUCUUCCUUACUAUAUGCUCUAUGCAAAUUAAUCUGUAUAAUAUGCAGCUAUAAGUGAUUUAGAAUUCUGCUAAAUCUGUUUUGUCUACUGCAAUAAUCUUAAGUGAAUAGUACCCAAUUUUUGUUGUUCAA